AAUCUAAACUUCAUCAAAAUCAAGAGCAUGAGCCUAUUCUCCGAAGAAACAAAAUCGAAAUUCUCGAAAACGAAAAUAAACAAAAAGAUGUUGUAAUUAAUCAAUUGAAAAAUGACCUCGACUAUGAAAAACUCCAAAAUAAAGAAUUGUUGGACGAAUUCGCUAAUGACACACAACAACUGAGCAAACAACUCGAAGAUGCAGAAUUUAAAAACCAAAAAUUAAUGAUCCAAUAUGAAGAAAAAGUUGAUGAACUCCAAAACGAAAAAAUCGCAAACGAAAAUUGUGAGAAAUAUUAUGAUAACUUACUAAUAGAGCAUGGUAAACUCAAACGCCUUGUUAAAGAUUUAGAGACUAACAACACUGAUCUGGACUCCAAAUACAAUCAACAAACUACAGAAAACAAAAACUUAAUUUCAAGUAAAACUCAAUUAUCAGAUAAACUCACGGACUGCCUGACGACUUUAAAGCAAAAGAGCGUUGUUAUUCCAUGUGAUAAAUUAAGCUGUCCCGCAUUUGGCAACUAUAGCGCUACACAUGUUGUUAAUAUCGAAAAUGGACAAUCAUUUAAAAUACCCUGUAAUUCGGAUGAAAGCAAUUUAGUUUGGUCCGUAAUUGAACGUCGCUUGGAUCAGUCACUUGACCUCGACCGCCGAUGGAUUGAAUAUCGCGAAGGAUUCGGCGACUUUCAAAAGGAGUUCUUUAUUGGCUUGGAGAAACUGCAUCUCAUGACGAAACAACAACCUCACCAGCUCCUCAUUCGAUUGAGAGUAGGACGCGAAAUGAAGUUUGCUAAAUAUAGUCACUUUGAAAUUGCAGGUGAAGAUGAAAACUAUGCCAUACGAUCUCUAGGCGAAUUCAGUGGCGAUGCUGGCGACGGAAUGCGAGAGAGUGAGGGAAAAAGUUUCAGCACCUUCGAUAGAGAUAAUGAUUUGCACUUUAAAAGUAAUUGUGCCCAGGUUUCUAAAGGCGGCUGGUGGUUUGAUGAUUGUGGUACUACAAAUCUCAAUUACCAACAUAGUAUGAAACUGGUGCGCUGGAACAAUCACAUGGGUUCUCACACGCCUAUCGAAAUGUUGAUACGCCCAACGUAAAACGAAUCCAAUUUUAAAUAUUAACACUAUUUAUAUAUGUCUAUAAGUAUUGUUUUAUUACUUUUUUCUUAAUAGCUUUGUAGGCGGUAUCAAAUUAGAAUUUGACGACAAAUCGAAGUAAAAAUCAAAACUGAAAUGAACUUGUACUAAAUACUAAUGCACUUAUAAUCAUAACUAUUCAUUACAUAUGUAAGUAUUCAAUUUGU